CAAAGCGGCAGAAACCACCAGCUGCCAUUAAAAGCCGACCUUAUAUAAAAUUAAAAACACCAAACGCCACAUUCCCUCGUUUUCUCAGAUUCCCCCGCUAUUUUCUCGCCCCACAAACACCUAAAUCCCCUCCAAUACACACGUUUUCAACCGCCGGCGUCCUUCCCUUUUUUUCUUUUUCUUUAUAUAAUACCAUAAUGGCCAUGCUCUGUACCAAGAUCCACAAAUCCAACCUCAACAAGGAAGAUCAAGAAUCCUAUGACAGAAUAAACAAAGGAAACAAGCUUUUCUUAUGUUUUAGACCGGUGAUCAUGGAUGGCUCUGACUAUGUAAAUCGUGGCAGGGGACAUUCAAAUUCCUUUGCCAGGUAUGUUCAGAUGGAAGAUAAAGAUGGAGUGAUUUUUGCCCACUUAUACUCGGAUUUACCAUCAUCAGCCGCAUCAUCUUUCUCAUCCCAAACGGAGAAAGAAGUCGACGGUCACCGGAAAAAGAAAAGUAAGAGAAAGUUCUUGCGUGCUAUCAAGGCUGUACUCUUCGAGACAUCAUUGGCUAAGAAGAUCAAGAAAAAAGCUUUUCCAAGGAAGUCAAAGCAGUCUACGACUCCAGAGGCAGAAAAUAAUGUGAACCCAGAAAAUGAAGAUUCACCAUUUCAAAAAAGUUCCAUGAAAAGUUAUGGAACAACAGGAACAUUUGCUCCUUCUAUGAAUUCAUGUGCCUGGAGUUCACGUAAUCCUUCCCUGAAUUCCCCAAAUUCAAUGCUAUUAUCAGACAAGAGUCUUCCACUUGAAUCAUAUAAUAAUUUAAUGGAGAUCAAAAAGAAUCAGGAAUUGGUGCAAGAGGAAAAUGGAAAAGUGCAUGGCAGUGCUACUAAAGGAUUGGUCUUGCUUCUCGUGACUCUUGUGGUUCUGGUCUUCUGGGGUAAGUUAUACGCUAUCUUGUGCACAUCGACAUGGCUUUUCUUAGUCCCAAACUGGAAUUCUGGGAAGAAAUUUCUGAAAAUCAUGGCUAAAUCGCAUUCAAUGGAUUUAGACGAGCGCAAGAAAAAGACUUUUAUGGAGGUGAUAUUUGACAGCGACCGCCGUUCUCCGUCGCCCUUGAUGAGUUAAGACAAGCUGCUUUCCUUUGGUGAAGAUUUUACUCUCUGCCCAAAAGGGUGCAAGAGGUUCAAAUAACUUGAAUUGUUUUUCUACCACCUUCAAGUGUAUAUAUUUAAAAUUAUUCAUGCAGGUUUCUGAUUUUUGGGAUACGAGGCUAGUUGCUGACUUGCAGUAAUGCAAGCUAAAGCCUCGUUGCUUUUUGUAAUUUUUUUUCUCUUUUUUUCUUGCCAAACAGUUUCUGGUGGCAUCAAAUUUCACAAUAAACUGUACGGGUACAAAGAAAAUUAUACAUAUCAACUUUUUAAGACACGAUUAUAUAAGCGUUUAUUUUGCAAU